UCUUGGUUAAGUACGAUCUCGCUUCAUCUUUUUCUCCACUUGGUUUGGAUCUGAAAGGAUAGGGUUAAUAGAAAGUAUCUUCUAUCGUGUGGCAGCGACGCUUUUCCAUGCUAUAGCAUAAGCCUCAAGCAACAAUACGGACACACAGUGAAACAAGACAGAGUUGAGGACUGCUGUCAUUUUAGAGGAUCCCUUCUUCGUACUGCUCUCUUAAGACAGCUGCAGCCAUGGGAAAAGGAUGCAUUACCGCCACCAAGUACUUCCUAUUCCUGUUCAACCUGCUUUUCUUUUUAUUCGGAGGGGUGAUCAUGGGUUUUGGACUAUGGAUCCUUCUGGACAACAAGAGUUUCAUCGCGGUCCUCCAAGAGUCCUCCACCACGCUCCAGGUCGCUUCUUACAUUCUGAUUGGUGUGGGCGCUCUCUCCCUGCUCAUGGGAUUCCUUGGCUGCAUCGGUGCCAUUUUUGAAAUUCGCUGUCUCCUGGGAUUGUACUUCACCUGUCUGCUGCUGAUUCUAAUCGCCCAGGUCACAGCGGGCGUUCUCAUCUACUUCCAGCGAGAUAGGCUUAAGCAUGAGAUGUCCACCAUUGUGAAUAAGGUUAUAGUAAAUUACUCUGGUCAAAACACAAGCUCUGAGGUUGCCUGGGACUAUGUACAGAGCACAAUUAAGUGCUGUGGCUGGACUGGACCUGGUAACUGGAGUGAGAAUAUCAGUAUUAAGAACAGCUCGGACAACCUGUACCCCUGCUCCUGCCGAAAUGAGUCUCUCCCUGGUGUUGCGGUCCAAACCUGGGGCCUGUGUGAACAUCUGUCUCAAAACCUGCCCAUCUACUCCACGGGCUGUGCAGACAGUGUGGAGGACUGGCUCCUGAGAAACUCUGGAGUGAUUCUGGGAAUUUGUGUUGGAGUAGCCGCGAUUGAGCUAUUUGGGAUGAUCCUGUCUAUGUGUCUGUGCAAGAUUAUCCAUCAAGAGGACUACACCAAAGUCCCCAAAUACUGAGAACAGGGACAGUGGAGCCCCUCACCAUGCAGUUUUACACACACACACACACACACACACACACACACACGCACACACACACAUGGACACACACACGCACACACACACACACACACACACACACAUACACAGGCUCACACUCUCAAGAGCAGGACUUUGACAGUGAUCCUCAAAUCUGAACAUAUGUUUCAGGUUUUGUGUCUCAACAAUAUAACAGGAAGGCUUCUGGUGUGAGGGAACUCUUUUAAUAACAGACAGCCAAUUAUAGACAUAGUGAUAUAUACACACAGAUUCAUCAUUUCACUUCUAACCAUUCACUGCUUGGGCAAAUGCUUUUUUGACCUCUUUCUUUCCAAAAUGUCUAAUCAUACAGAGGCACAGAUGAUCAGAAUGUAACCCAAUAUUUAAAAUCAUAAACAGAGUAUUUUAUAUAAAUAUUUUCUUUUUUUUUUAGUUCCAGCCUGAUGAACUAUGAUGUCUGUGUGUCUGAUACGUGUCCUGUGCAGAAAUGAAAUGUGCUCUUCUUUUCCUGGUUAGUUUAGAUGAGUUAUUUGGAAGCACAUCCUGUCACUCUGGCUGUAGUUGAGUUGUGAGAGCACUUUAGUCAAGGUUAGUGAGCUGUAUUGAGUGUAAAACAUGACUGACAGAGACAUUUAGACUAAAAGCCUUCUUUUAAUCAUUUACAAACCUCUAUUAGACAGCAAAUUAUUGAAUUCGUUAGUACACAGAUUAACCAAAUUAGCCAACACACUUGAGAUUACAUCAGUACGGUGGCUUCUCUGAAUGACAGUCUUUAAGGAGACAGCAGGCCAUUUGAUACUGGUUUGUAAAUGUCUUAAGAGAAAGUGUUAAUGGAACUGUGAGAGCUGCCUGGAUUUGGUUGUGUUGUGGAGAAUUUGGUGAGGAGGAGGGUUGUGAUCAUUCGGGGCAGGGGUGAGGGAGGGGGUUGGGGGGGGGAUUAGGGCUUUAGGGACAGAGUGGUUUUGAGGGAGCAGGAUACUGGGUGAAAGACAAGAGAAGGCCAUGAAAGGAGGGGUGAUGGGAUGGGAUGGCUAUGAAAUGGCUCCUCCGUUAGUGGAUAAACACCAGUUCCUAAUCCCGCAGUGCUUCCCCCGUGGAUUACAGGCCAAGAUCAGAGUAGGACUAAUCAGGGCACAGCAGCUAUUCUCUGCCCCUAAUGCCAGACUAGUACAAGAAAUACGCUGUGACUGAUCUGAGAUCAGUCAUGUCUCUUCCAUCCAGGGUGGUGUUCGUGUACAGGAGUAUAUACCCCUCACUCCCUCUUCUGACUUGCUCAUCAGCACCACAGGGGCUUAUUUACUCUGGGGGCAGAUGGUCAUUGUAAGUGGCCACUUUUAUCAGUGGCAGUGUCCUCUCCCAGUCUCUAAACCUGACAGCCUGAACAGUACACACUAGAUACAAAACACUUAGCAAGAAACAGCACAAAACGUAACAUUUGCUUUUAUAUUCCGUCUUUCUGUCUUUUUUUCUUUCUUUUUUUUUGUUAAGCGUUUUUUUUUUUUUUUAUUUGUGUAAAUAGGAUUUUUAGAUAGCACUUCGUGAGCAGCUGAUUCAGAAUCAUAUUCAACUUUUCGAGGGUUUUUGUCUUGUCUUUUUUGUGUGUGUGUGUUUUUUUAUAUAUAUAUAUGUACUUGGCGGUAACAGUUGUGUGACUCUGGCUCUGUUUGUGAUAACCAUAGUUUUCUUUGUUUUUGAAGAGCCAGCCCGUUUCAUUUGCCAAAAGCUGUGUCAGCAGUCAUGUGAGCUUCUCGGAAGAACUUUUUGGAAACUUGCGUUUUGGCUUCUUCUGUUGACAUUCCAUACCACUGUAGAUUUUGGGCUGUUUCUCAUAUUUUGUUCCGGGAAUUGUUCUUCCAGAACGUACAAAACAAAAAGUAUACUAGAACUUUCGGAACUAAUUGUAAAAUGUUGUUCACGUCCAGGAAGCAUGUAUGUAACGUGUAUUGCUGGUUUCUUUGACUGGUGUUCUAAUAGAUUUUGAGUCAUCUCUCAGUGUUGCUGUGCCCUGGUGAGAUUUGACUAGAGGACUCAGCUCAUACUAGUUGUAAACCAGCUGUAAAGUUAAAGUGGUUGGUAUUUAUCAUGUUGUGACCUUAAGUGAAAGCUCUACCCUCAUGCUCUUCUUUUCAGUACUAUACAGCCGACACAAGUUUUGUUUGAAUUCAUUUGGAGCCUCAUUUGGAGUGCUGUUUUUUUGUUUGUUUGUUUUUCUUUUUUUUUCGAGUUGAAUUUUUGUUGAGUACAUUUUAUAUUUUGAAAAUGCAUCUGCUAUAGUUAAGGUUAAGGUAUUGAAAAACAAGUCUGUUCCUCUCAGUAAAGAAAACCUAAAUUGUGAUUAUUUGGUAUAAAUGUAAUAAGUGAAAAUGAAGGCUUAUUAUUAUUCUUUUGUUUUGUUUUGUUUUGUUUUGUCCAUCGGAUUUUCUGUCAUUACAAAAAAAAUCACAACUUUUUGUUUAUGUAACUUUAAACCAGAAUUCUUCUAAUAAAUGGC